CAUUUAAUUUAUAAUGUAAUAACAAAUAAAUUAUUAUUUAAAAAAAAUGAAAAUGAAAGGCCAAAAUGAAACUCAGUCCCUCUCACAGAAUCUGGAUAUAUAUAUGAGCACGUAUGUGUAUUAUUCUACUCUUCAUCUGCUUUGCGUUUGAAACAGAGCAAUAUGAAAACAGGCAUGGCUGGACAGCGGCAUGUGAUUUUUUUCUUGGUAAAUGUGCAUAUGGUCAUAGUGUUGAGUGUUGUUUCUGGUGUUAGAGGUAAAGAUUACAUCUCGGCUGUGGGUGAUCCAGGAAUGAGAAGAGAUGGUUUGAGACUCGGAUUUGAAGCUUGGAAUUUUUGCAAUGAGGUCGGUGAAGAAGCUCCCGGCAUGGGCAGCCCAAGAGCUGCUGAUUGCUUCGAUCUAUCCACUAAGGUCACGAAAUAUCGGAAACUCAAGAUUUCAACGCAGAGUUCUUCUCUUGAACACAAGGUGUCGGAAGCCGUUAACAAACUUGGGGUGGGCACAUCAUUUCCUGGGCUAAAACCAGUGGCUGUGAACAACACUGACCUUUAUGCAGCGGCGAAGGAAAUUUACUUGGGAUCUUUGUGCGAAGUUGAAGAUACCCCAAGCCCAUGGCAGUUUUGGAUGGUUAUGCUGAAAAAUGGAAACUAUGACGCAACCUCUGGUUUGUGUCCUCAGAAUGGGAAAAAGGUACCACCUUUCAAGCCAGGAAGGUUUCCUUGCUUUGGACAUGGAUGUAUGAAUCAGCCCAUAGUGAGCCAUCAGCCAACUCAACUAUUCAAUGACGGUACAAUGAGAGGAAGUUUUAGAGGUACUUAUGAUUUGGGUGCUGAUUUUAGCGGUGGACUUGAUGGGAUUUCUUCCUAUGAGGUAGUUUGGGAGAAGAACGUAGGUGCUGGUAGCUGGGCCUUUAGACAUAAGCUCAAGACUUCCAAAAAGUAUCCAUGGCUGAUGCUUUACCUGAGAGCAGACGCCACCAAAGGAUUCUCCGGAGGUUACCAUUACGAUACCAGAGGAAUGCUGAAGACGCUUCCAGAGUCACCUAAUUUCAAGGUCAGAUUGACUUUGGAUAUCAAAGAAGGGGGAGGACCCCAGAGCCAGUUCUACCUCUUAGAUAUUGGCAGCUGCUGGAAGAAUGAUGGUAGUGCCUGUGAUGGAGAUGUGCUGACAGAUGUAACCAGAUACAGCGAGAUGAUCAUAAACCCCGCAACUCAAGCUUGGUGCAGCCCUUCAUCGAUGAAGAAUUGCCCACCAUAUCAUAUUACUCCUAACAAUAUAAAGAUUUACAGGAAUGAUACCCGCAACUUCCCAUACGGAGCUUACCACUACUACUGUGCUCCCGGGAAUGCUCAGCAUUUGAAGGAACAAGUGGACACAUGUGAUCCUUACAGCAAUCCUCAGGCACAGGAGAUAGUUCAGUUGCUACCUCAUCCUAUAUGGGCUGAAUAUGGCUACCCAACUAAAAAGGGAGACGGUUGGGUAGGUGACGCAAGAACUUGGGAGCUUGAUGUUGGUGGCCUAUCCAGUAGAUUAUACUUCUAUCAGGAUCCAGGGACCCAGCCUGCUAGAAGAAUAUGGACAUCAAUAGACGUGGGUACCGAAAUUUUUGUUAGCAAAAAAGAUGAAGUGGCAGAGUGGACACUUAGUGAAUUUGAUGUUCUUCUCACAUAAUUCAGGGUUUGUUUUUCACCUUUGAAGACCGAAGUUAUAAAGAAUAUAUAUGUGAUUCUUCAGAUAAAGAACCGGGAUUGAGAAAGCAAACAAGCCAACAAGGGCAGGGCGUUCCUCAUCCUGGAAAUUUUAUUCAUUUACAAGCAGAUCAAAGGAUCUUAGAAACGAUAUCAUCAGUUUUCACAUUGAAAACGCCCAAAAAUUGUAGCUUAAUUGAUGUUUUCAAGUGUUUUUUUUCCUUUCUAGCUAAAGACAAUGAUGAAUGAUGCCAAGCAAGACUGUUUUUA